AUAGACAUAUAUUAUAUUGUAUGUCUAUGGUGGUCCGUGUCUAUGGAUCACUAUUAUCUAUGGAUAACAAGGAAUUAUUAUCAAAAAUAUUAAAACGACGAACGACGGCGAUAGGAAUAAAUCGCUAAUGUUUUUAUUAGUUAUUUACAAUUUUCUAAUUGUAGAUUAAAAAUUUAAUUUUAAAUUUUUAACCAUUAAUUUAAUAUUAUGAUCAUUAUUCUUAGUUUGUGUUCAUUUCAAACCAGUCAAAAAUUUGUGGUUUAUUCAUAGUUUUUUUUGGAAGGUGACAUUACAAUUAACCCAACUUUUGUACACAGAAUAUAAUUUACUUCAUAAUUAAUAUAAUACUUUUAAUUAGAACCUCUUAGUUUAAUUUACCAUUUUAUCAUAAAUGAUAUAAUUUACGUAUUAAUCACACUACAAAUUCUUGAUUUAUUUUAUUAUAAAAUGGAGAGCAACCGAGAUGAGGCUUCCCGGUGUAUUGAGUUGACUAAAUUAUACAUAAAAAAAAAAGAUUUGGAUAAUGCUUGGAAAUUUUCGGUGAAAGCUAACAAAUUAUAUCCAUCACCAGAAACAAAACGUUUAAUGAAAAAAUUAAAAUCAUCAAUGAAGCAUUCAAAGCAACGGCCUAUGAAACGAAAUCAAUCAGAUGAUUCCGAUGAGUCUUAUAAUGGUGAUAAUUCAAAUUCAUCAUCCAGUUCCGACUGUAAUACUAAGCAACCGCCAAAAAAGUCAAAAAUGGGCUACAAAUCAAGUACUACUUAUUCAUAUAAGAUGUUUAAAGAGAUAAACAAAGAUGAAUCUUUCAAAUGUCUUGAAAAAGCUGAGGAAUACAUACAAAGCAAACAAUUUGAGCUAGCAGAAAAGUUUAUUCUUAAAUCAAUAAAGCUUUUUCCAAUGACCAGAGCUGAUACACUCUUAAAACAGCUUCAAGAAAUGAAAGAUACUAAUAAGCCUGAUUAUACAGAAGAACAGGCCGAUGUUGUUAAGAGGGUCAAAAAUAGUCAAAAUUACUACACAAUGUUAAACAUUAAAACUACUGCAACUAUUCCAGAAAUAAAAAAAGCAUAUAAGAAAUUAGCUUUGCUAUUACAUCCGGAUAAAAAUUCUGCACCUGGUUCAGGGGAAGUUUUUAUAGUUGUUACUAAUGCUGUUGACACAUUAUGUGAUUAUACAAAACGUAAAAUGUAUGACCAAACUUUAAGAAAACCUUCUACUUCUACAUCUAGUCAUUAUUCACAAAGUUCCUACAGACAUCAACCUACUUUUUCCCAUGCAGGAUAUAAUGGAAAUCGAAACGCAUAUAGAUUCUAUCAGAAUCCACAAACUACAUAUGAUUCCACUGAUGAAGGUGAAGAUGAGUAUUGUACUGAAAAUGAGUACUUUAAUUUUUAUGACUCAUUUGAUUAUAAUAUUAUCUAUAUGAUAAAACUAUCUUCCAAUAUAAAAGUGACAUGGUCAAUAGUUGAAGUAGAUAUGGAUUUAAAAAAAGUAUUCAAUAAAGAAGACCACAAAUUAAAUAAACAAAGACCAUACAUCAAGGUGUAUUUAAAUUCUUACCAUUCAACUAUCAUGGAAGUAAACAAAGAUGAAGCCUAUCGCUGUUUAGAUCGUGCUGAGUAUUAUAUCAUCGAAGGGGACAUUGAAAAAGCAGAAAAGUUCAUAAAUAAGAGUAAAAAACUUUUCCCAACUUCUGAAGCGGAUGAACUAUUAAAAAAAUUAAAAACUCAAGGCUCAAGAAAACAUUCAACAGCAAAUGCAAAACCUGAUGGACAAAAUGCUAAGAAACGUAAAAAUACACCUCCAGGUAGCCCUAGAGCAGAAAGAGCUAAUCAGCCAACGUAUACAAAAGCACAGUUGGACACAGUCAAAAAAGUUAACAACUGCAAAGAUUUCUAUGAUGUGCUUAGCAUAAAAAAAGAUGCUACUGAUACUGAUAUAAAAAAAGCUUAUAAAAAAUUAGCUCUAGUAUUGCAUCCAGACAAAAAUCAUGCACCCGGAGCAGCUGAAGCAUUUAAAACUGUAGGUAAUGCAGUCGCCACAUUGACUGAUGCAGAAAAACGUAAACGUUAUGACAUGGUUGGCCAUGAGAAUUCUACAUCAGAUCAUGUACACAGAAAUUAUGAUCAUGGAUUUGAAUCGGAUAUUACAGCUGAACAAUUAUUUAACAUGUUCUUUAAUGGAGCUUUCCCAACAAGACAAGGACCAAUGUCAAACCCAUACUAUUCUCGAUCAUUUUCUAGACGUUGGCCACCAGAGACUGAUAAUGAUAAUCAUCAACAACAGGAAUCAUCAAGUAUAUAUUUUCAGCUGUUACCAAUUCUACUACUACUGCUGCUAUCAUUGUUUUCAAACUUUUCCUAUGACCCAGUGUACACUCUAAAACAUUCCCCGAAGUAUCCUGUUCUUCGUCGUACAUCAUUCAGAGACAUUUCAUAUUUUGUGAAAGAUAAUUUUCAUACCGACUAUACAGGCGAUUUAAGACGUCUAGAGCAUACUAUUGAAGAAGAUUAUAUAAAUACAGUACGAACAAAAUGCAUACGUGAAAAAGAAUACUAUGAGUCGUUAAUGUGGAGAGCACGUUUAGAUGAUGAUUCUACCUUAUUCAACAAAGCAACUAAAUACCAAAUGAAAUCUUGUGAGGAGUACCAAACAUUGAUGAAACAAAAAUAUAAAUAAUUUCAUGUUCUAUAAUCUAUAAUACCACUUAGUUUUGUUUUGUUUUUUUUAUAUAAAAUGUCAAUUUAGAUGUUUACAAUUCAUAAAAUAUAUACACUGUGCAGAUUAUCACAUUUUAGUUCAAGUUUCAUAAUAUUUUGUUUUUCAAAUUGAUAAGUGUAAUAUUUCUUUUAAUAGUUGCAUUAUUAUAUAUAAAUUAGAACAUUGUAGUUGGUGUGUCAAGUUCGGUACCUAUGAGUUUUUUAUAAGGAUAAGUAUAAAUAUGUCUAAAAUAAUCAUUGUAAAAGACAAAAUGUUAAAGAAUAAUUUAUUUUAAACUAUAUUGUGGGAUAACUAUUACGUAAGAGUUAUUCACUUUAACAAUUCUUGUUAUUCUAUUUAUUUAUCUAAUUUGACAAUUAGUAGAGGGAGAUAAAAAAUAUUUGAACCUCAAAUACAAAACGGUGAAAAUGUGAACACUGACCAUAUAAAUAUUACUUAAGAUUAUACAAAUUCAUAACAAUACAAGUAUUAUGUAACAAAUAUUAUAUACAUUAUCUAUUCAUAAAUAAAAUAUCGCUUUUAAAAUUAGUUAGUUUAAAAUUGUGUGUGAUUUGUUGGCUCUUUUUGUUUCUAUUUAUAUAAUAAAUUCCUUUAUUAUUUCA